CUCCCGCCUUCCGAGGCCGUUUCCAGGGCAACGGAGUUGGCGACCCCCACGCCCCACCACCUCAAGACCGCCGGUGCAGUCAUGAGCCCCCGCCUCCCCCUGGUGCUCGGAGAGGGGCGGGGUUUGGAGUGAGGCUGCUUCGUGACCCACCAUGUCUUCCUCCACAAGUUCUCUGGAUACACCAGUGCCUGGGAAUGGUUCCCCUCAGCCCAGUACCUCCUCCGCUUCGCCCACCAUCAAGGAGGAAGGGCAGGAGACUGAUGCCCCUCCAGGCCCCGAAGGGUCCAGCUCUGCCUACAUCGUAGGUGAGACAGGGAGACAGCCCUGUCCUCACACCCUCACUUCGGGACCUCCCAUGGCCUGUCCCCAGGCUGCUGUCUCUCUUUGUCACUCUCUCUCUCAUGGCCUCUGCUCACCCCAAGUCAUCUUAGAGCCAGAGGAUGAGCCGGAGCGCAAGCGGAAGAAGGGUCCGGCCCCGAAGAUGCUGGGCCACGAGCUGUGCCGCGUGUGUGGGGACAAGGCAUCGGGCUUCCACUACAAUGUGCUCAGUUGCGAAGGCUGCAAAGGUUUCUUCAGGCGCAGCGUGGUCCAUGGCGGGGCCGGGCGCUAUGCCUGUCGGGGCAGUGGAACCUGCCAGAUGGAUGCCUUCAUGCGGCGCAAGUGCCAGCUCUGUCGUCUGCGCAAAUGCAAGGAGGCUGGCAUGCGGGAGCAGUGCGUGCUUUCUGAGGAGCAGAUUCGGAAGAAAAAGAUUCAGAAGCAGCAGCAACAGCAGCAGCCGCCACCCGCGACUGAGCCAGCAUCCAGUGGCACAGCCCGGCCUAUAGCCUCCCCUGGCACUUCCGAAGUGAGUGGCGCUGGGGACGGCGAAGGUGUCCAGCUGACGGCCGCACAAGAGCUGAUGAUCCAGCAGUUGGUUGCCGCACAGCUGCAGUGCAACAAACGUUCCUUCUCCGACCAGCCCAAAGUCACGCCUUGGCCCUUGGGUGCAGACCCUCAGUCCCGGGAUGCUCGCCAGCAGCGCUUUGCCCACUUCACCGAGCUGGCCAUCAUCUCAGUCCAGGAGAUUGUGGACUUUGCCAAGCAGGUGCCAGGGUUCCUGCAGCUGGGCCGGGAGGACCAGAUCGCCCUCCUGAAGGCAUCCACCAUUGAGAUCAUGUUGCUGGAGACAGCCAGACGCUAUAACCACGAGACAGAGUGCAUCACGUUCCUGAAGGACUUCACCUACAGCAAGGAUGACUUCCACCGCGCAGGCUUGCAGGUGGAGUUCAUCAAUCCCAUCUUCGAGUUUUCUCGGGCCAUGCGCCGGCUGGGCCUGGACGAUGCAGAGUAUGCCCUGCUCAUUGCCAUCAACAUCUUCUCAGCGGACCGUCCCAACGUGCAGGAGCCCAGCCGUGUGGAGGCGCUGCAGCAGCCCUACGUGGAGGCGCUCCUCUCCUACACUCGCAUCAAGCGGCCGCAGGACCAGCUCCGGUUCCCACGCAUGCUCAUGAAGCUGGUGAGCCUGCGCACCCUGAGCUCUGUGCACUCGGAGCAGGUCUUUGCAUUGCGGCUCCAGGACAAGAAGCUGCCGCCUUUGCUGUCUGAGAUCUGGGAUGUACAUGAGUAGGGGCCGCCAUGAGUGCCCCAGCUUGGUGGCAUCUUCUUGCAGAUGGACGCUUUGCCUUUCCUCAUGGGGUGGGAGGACAUGGUCAUGGCCCAGCUCUGAGGGGCUCAGCCUCAAGCCCAGUGGCAGUUGGCAUCAGGAGGCCCCUCCCCACCCACCGAGUCUUCCAGGAGGGGUGAGGGUCACAGGUCUUAGCCUUUGGCCUUCCCAGCUGCCCUCCCACCCAGCUUACACCUCAGCCUACCACGCCAUGCACCUUGACUGGAGAGGUGAGGGCUGGUGUCUCCCCACAGUUGGGAGACCACAGGUCCCCUCUUCUGCCCCUUUUAUUUAAUAAAAACAAAAUCAAAAACAAGGAAAUAAAGUCUGAGUACAAGCCA